CAACCACUAAAAUGUCGGGUGUAAAUAUUCCUGCUUCUAUGAAGGAGCUGCAAAAUUUAAAACAAGAAGAGACAACUCUUGUUAACAUGUCUUCCAAAAUAAGUGACCAAUUGAACAGGCUGAAGGUAGAAGAACUGGCUCUUCAAAAUAUGGUCAGACUCCAAAAUGAAGAGCUAGAGAGGAAAUCCCGGGGAUCCCAGAGAUCUAUAAAUAGAUCACUGCCCAUGGAAGAGUCAGAGAAGGGAGAUAACUCUGAAAAGGUUGUUCCUGUUGAUUUGUUUGUGAAUAUGAUAUAUGGACAUAAGGAAGAAGAAGAGGAAGAAGAAGAGGAGGAAGAAGAGGAAGAUGAUGAAAUGCAAGGGGUAACUAAUGAGGACAUAGAUGCCUUUGUGGACGGACUGGGCUAACAUGUAGAUCAAUUAUGGUAUUUUAUAAGGUGGAUUGAGAUAAUUUGUGGAUGAAAUGAUGUAUUUCUGUGGAUGAAUUAAGAUAAUUUGUGGAAGGAUUGAGAUUUGAUUACAGUGAGGUGAUUUGUGGAGGGAUGAAGCUGAAGGGAGACUUCUGUUUUCUGGAACUGUCAAAUUUAUUUUGAGUUGAGGGAGAAGUAUUUUCUCUAAUAAUAUCAUAAAAACAAUUGUCCCUAGUUUAUGUAAAACCUUUCAAUAUCUUUAAACAGCUGUUAAGGUCUAGCCUGAUUGCUGGAGGCAAAAAUAAAGAAGUUUAUUGAGUUACCAUAUUCAAAUUAUUUGGAAAAUGUACUCUAGAUUGCUUUGUGCAACAUGAAUAUAAGUGCUUCUAAAAGUAGAACACAAUCAAAAUAAAUGUCCGCAGUGGAAAGAUAGAUGAAUCCCCUCGUCGAGGUCAGAAUCAGCUGGGUAUGGCAUGCUUGCAGUAAAUGUAUAGUACAUGUUCAUGUGUGUAUGAUUUUCCUGUUUUUGGACUAUUUGACUUCUAUGUUAAAAAAAUGACACUUACUAAAAUACUUUGUUCAAGAAUAUUGAAAACCUCUGUUUUGUAAAAUAUGUUCAAUAAACACAUUUU